AUGGAUCUAAAUCAUUUUGCCGCAACUCGGGAACGGAGGUCUACCCUUCUCCCUGAUAUUAUGAACGACCCUGCCUUUGCCACGAAUGCCCCCGGAAAGAGAAAAAGUUUGGACGAACCUGACACUUGUCGAAUAUGUCGCGGCGAGGGCACGGAGGAGGAGCAGCUCUUUUAUCCCUGCAAAUGUAGUGGGAGUAUCAAGUUCGUUCACCAAGACUGCCUGAUGCAAUGGCUCUCCCAUUCGCAAAAGAAAUACUGCGAGCUCUGCAAGACUCAGUUUAGAUUUACAAAGCUUUACGACCCGAAUAUGCCUCAGGAUUUACCUGCCCCGGUCUUUCUUAAGGAACUAGCUCUCCAGGGUGCUCGGUCAAUUGUUACGUGGUUACGAUUUGUGCUGGUUGCUUUCGUAUGGCUGGGAUGGCUCCCGUGGUCCAUGAGAGCUAUCUGGCGUGGUCUCUUUUGGUUAGCUGAUGGGCGUUGGCCUCACUCGGAAAUCUAUCAAGCCUCACAAGUACCCCCGGCGAGCGAGGACCUCGAUCGACUUGCCUCCCGAGGAACUUCCCCGGCCCAAACCGUUGCAUCAAACAAUCUCACCCCAUCCGGAAUGGCACAUAAUAUGACAACACUCCCACAGUUCGUCUCGCCGUUUUCCUCCAUGCUCAACUUCUCCGCCGGUGAGCCACUGUUAUACAGUAUUCUAAAAAAACUCCUAUUCGGCACUUGGGCAACACUGGCUACUUCAUCUGAGGUCGAGACUGCAGGUUCAAACUCGACUAACGCAACUUCUUCAUCGAUGCGACGGCUUCGCCAGCCAUCCUGGCUAUCAGAUGUUUCCUUUCUAAACCGGCUGACUCCUUAUUCCACACUCAACAAUAUUUUAAUAGAUACCUUUGAGGGACAAAUAAUUACUUUGUCGGUGGUUAUUGCUUUUAUUCUUGUGUUUUUAAUUAGAGAAUGGGUCGUGCAGCAACAACCUGCGAUUAAUAUUGCAGAGGCAGAUCGAGAAGCCGCAGCGCAGCUGAUGGCGGAUGGUGGCGUAAUUCAACCCGCCGAACAACCAGGACAACCUGCUCAGGAGGCCCCGCAUCAGCAAAAUAUGCCUGAAGAUGCGCCUGCCCAUGUUCCAGGGUUUAAUGAGCAGCAGCCGAAUGAGACAACUCCGCCUUUGGACCAACCGCGGCAGCCUGAUGCUACUGAUGAGAGCUCCGAAUCACCUGGUCCACAGCAACCUUCUCAGAUUGAAGACGGUUCUAUUGGUCCCGUCGAUGAAAUAGCAGGCAUGGUUUGGGAGCCGGGAGUCGAGUGCGGUGUCGAGGAAACAGUGGCACCACUUGAUAGUAGUAGCAAUGCCCAGUGGCCUGGAUUAGAUGUGUUUAAAGAUUUAUGGGCUCGUGGCAUGCGAAACCCAACUGAAAUUUUAAGGAUAAUCGAGCAAGAGGGGCGUCAGGAAGAACUGGGUUGGGUUAUCGCAGCCAUGCAAAGGUUAGAGCGUGCGGGCGAAUCAUCCCGAUCUAACGACCAAACUCGGCACAAGUUACAAGAAAAUGGGGAAGAGGCUAUCUUAGAUCCAUCCGCUUUACUCCAUGUCCCAGUGGAUCCUAGUAACCCGCAACCUUCGUCAUCCGAGAUUGCUCAACUUUCUGGAGACAAACAAGAUGAAAAUCAAGAUGAGCCCGGAGGAGGACUUACCAUGAGAUUUGGAGAUCGAACUACGAAUUCUGGUGUGUCUGCAGAAUCAUUCUCACCCACCUUGCCAAAAAUGGAAUUGUUCAACUCACCAGCAUUCUUCGGUUCAGAAUCCGCAGGCCCAUCCAGAUCUAUGCGUGCGUUUGACCUACCACCUCCGAUCAUGGGCAAAGAAAACUCUGAAUGCUCUUCGAUGCUUCAGGAAGAGACAAGGCCAGACAAUCGAGGCCCGUCACUAACUGCAGCUCUUGUCGAACCGUCUUCAUCAUCCGGUGUUGGUAUACCCGUUCAAGAAGCUUUACCCGGUGAGCAACCCGAACCUUCAGCUGCAUCGUCUCAGCAAACACCUCCGAUGGAAAUCAAUGAAGCUCCUCAGAGUCUGAUUGAUCGUGCCUCGAAUUGGUUUUGGGGUGGCGUCACCCCCAGACCUCCAAGGGUAGAGGAGCAAGAAGAUCGGGCAGGCGAUCGGGAUGGCGAGCGCGUCCGUGAAGAACCUGGACAGGAGAACCCUUUUGGCCCUUUUGGAGAUGGCCAUCACCACCACGUUCAUGGCCCCAUGGACGAGCCGGGAUUUGCUGAUGGCCCGCGUCCUCCCGCUGACCCCGACGACGUUGAUGCUGUGGACGAUGCAGAUGACCUUGAAGGCAUUUUGGAGCUCAUCGGCAUGCAGGGACCGAUUGUCGGUCUGCUGCAAAAUGGCGUCUUCAGCGCAUUACUUGUGUCAUUCACUGUCGCGGUGGGAAUCUGGCUACCUUACCUGUGGGGUAAGAUUGCUCUUGUUCUCUUCACGAAUCCGAUACGGCUGUUCGUUGGCGUUCCGGUUGCACUCGUCUCCCUGAUCGCCGAUAUCACCGUUGACACACUUCUCGGAAGCUUGGGAUAUGUUGUCUACUGGGGGAAUGUUCUGCUCCAGAGUAUGUUCGCCUUAUUUGGGCGCUUUAUCCCUUCACUUGCAAAAUAUUCCGUCAGCAAUGCUGUUACCGCAGCCUCGCUCUCUCUGAUUGACGGGAGCAGUCAGCGCCUUAAGGGUGUUCUAGGCGAAUUUUUCACCUUCCAUGAAUCAGACCUGCCGAUGUUUUCUGUUCUGUCUCACCAGGCCUUGAGGAUCCACCAGGAUCGAAUCGCAACUGUUUUCAAUUUUGUUAUUAGUGUUGGGAAAGCGUUUCUCUACGAUAUUCCUCUACUUCUUCUCCAGAAAGGAGGGCCUCAAAAACUCAUCAGGUCCAUACUACCUGUGGAACCUAUGAAGCUACUCUCUGCAGCAAGUGCUACCAUCGUUGGCGUUGGAAAGUCUGCACUAUUUUUUUUGGAGAAAGGAAAUUGGUCGAGCCUUAAAAUCGGUGGAGUUGAGGAGAAGGUUGUCUUGUCGUUGAACCACGAGUUGGCGCUGUGGGAUACAAAAGACCGAAUAAUUGCGAUUCUCGUUGGAUAUGUUUUUGCCUCAGUUCUUGGGAUGUUGUAUCUCCGAUUUUCUUCAUUGUUUACCGGACCACGCCAGGAGCAGCGGGCAGAGGGGGCUGUGGCUGACGUUUUGCAACAAGCUGGCGGGGUGAUGAAGGUGAUCCUGAUCAUUGGAAUUGAAAUGAUCGUGUUCCCAUUAUAUUGCGGUAUACUACUUGACAUCGCACUUUUACCCCUAUUCCAGAGUGCAACAUUAACGUCGCGGAUUACGUUUACGUUGGAUUCGCCGUUCACAUCGCUAUUUGUGCAUUGGUUCAUCGGGACUUGCUACAUGUUCCAUUUCGCCCUUUUUGUCUCCAUGUGCCGGAAGAUUAUGCGGAGUGGCGUCCUAUAUUUCAUCCGGGACCCCGACGACCCCACAUUCCACCCUGUACGCGAUGUUCUUGAGCGCAACGUCACAACCCAAUUAAGAAAAAUCGCCUUUAGCGCCCUUGUGUACGGGGCCCUUGUCAUUGUGUGUCUUGGCGGCGUUGUUUGGGGCUUAUCCCUGACGUUCCAAGAAGUCCUUCCCAUCCACUGGUCCUCCAACGAACCUGUCCUUGAAUUUCCUGUCGAUCUACUCUUUUACAACUUUGUUAUGCCGUUGGCGAUUCGCUCGAUUCGCCCAUCAGAUGGACUGCAUAAAAUGUACAACUGGUGGUUCCAUAAAUGUGCUCACAGCUUGAGGCUAACGCAUUUUCUCUUUGGUGAGCGGCGCAAGGAUGAGGAGGGUCGACCUAGAUACCGAAAUUGGCGUGAAGGGGUUUUUGGCCGUCGACGCAGUGAUGAAAACCAGGGCCACGGUGAAUAUUUUCUACGAGAUGGAAGAUUUGUGCGGGCGCCGGGGUCCGAUCAGGUUCGAAUUCCUAAAGGGGGACAUGUGUUCCUGCCAGUUGAUGAGAACAAUGAGCGUAUUGAUGGUAAGGAGGAUCGCGAGGACGGUCUACAUGGAAAGUCGAACAACAUGUUCGCUCAUGUCUAUGUACCUCCAAUGUUCAAGACCAGGAUUGCAGUAUUUAUUUUUAUGAUUUGGGUCUUUGCGGCGGUCACUGGGGUUGGGUGCACUAUAGUUCCUCUAGUGGUUGGCCGAAGGAUGAUCUCCUCUCUAUUCCCCAGCCACAUCCGUGUGAACGACAUAUAUGCUUUCUCCGUUGGUAUAUAUGUGAUGGGCGGAACCCUAUACGCAUUGAUUCACUGUCGUCAGGUGGUCGCCUUCCUCGGAGAACAUCUCCAACCAUACCUUGCAUCUCCUCGGCAAGUUUUCCCGCAGACAUAUAAUAUGCUUGUAAGAUUCGUCAGUCUCGUAUAUAUCGGAGGUGCAUACGCUCUCUUCCUCCCUUCCCUCUUUGCCCUGGUUACCGAACUUUACAUUCUCAUUCCACUCCACACCUAUAUCGGAGGUGACCAGGCCCAUGUCAUCCACUUGGUACAAGACUGGACGCUUGGAGUCUUGUACGUGCGAAUGGCGGUCAGACUUGUACUAUGGUAUCGCGGAUCUCGCCCUGCCAUUGCUCUCGACGCUAUCCUACGCAAUGGUUGGGCGGAUCCCGAUAUUAAAUUGGCCACCAGAGCAUUCCUUCUUCCCGCUACCUUGAUUGCUUUAGUGGCGAUUAUGGGACCCUUACCUAUAGGCCUUCUUCUAAACACCACCAUAUUCCAGGAUUCACCGGCCAAUGUACACUCCGAGGUAUACCGCUACUGCUUCCCUGCGUCGUUACUGGGUGUCCUCCUUUUAUGGGCCGCGCACCUAUGCCGCAAGCAAAUCUCUCGUUGGCGAGCAGGCAUCCGAGAUGACGUUUAUCUGAUUGGGGAACGACUCCAUAACUUCGGCGAAAAGCGGGCGAAAGACGUGGGCGUACCCCGGCGGAUGAUAACUCCAUGA